AUGAUAUCGUUUUCUGAAGUUUUAAAUGAUGACGGCCAAUACAAUGGGUCUUUUUUUGACCCUCAAACUUACGGCAAUUCUUUGUUUGUCAAUGAAGAAUUCGAUACAUUGCCAGAAGCUCCGAUCCAAUACGGCCAAGUAGAGCAAUGGCGUAAAAAUAACCGAACUUUACAGUUUCAAUUCAGUCCAAUUUCUAAUGACGGUCUAGCUUGUAUUUCUCCUUCAGAUCUCACAAAAAACGAUAUUCCAAUUCUGCCACAAGAAGGCAAAAUAUAUCCAACAUCUAUUCCAGGACUUACCUACACACCAGAAUACCGUACUUUUGUACUACAAACAUCUUCAGCGCUACAAAUUGUCCUUAAUUUUAACUUUGUCAAUAGCACCGAAAAUAUUCGUGAUGGCCGAUGGGAUUCAGAAAUCCCAAUGUUUAUUGGCAAUUUUGUCGAACUUAUUCAUCCGUACACAGCAAGCAAUCAUCGCCUGGCAGAUGUCAACAACAUUGUGCGAUGCUUUCACGCCUUGCGCUUUCAACUAGAUUCAAAAAAUAAUAUUGCAGCAGCUUUUUCUCAAUGGGUCAAUAAUGCUGAUAUUGAUCAAAGUGCAGAACAACUUCCAGAACUUUUAAAUAAUCACAAUCCUUUGAAUUCGUUACAGUUUUGGCAAUGCAUAUACACUCUUGCUAUUCGUAAUAUGACUAGUUUAUGUGCAGAUGCCUUAGAGGCAGCACUUCCUAAAACUUCUGAACAAGAUCUAGUUCAACACUUUGUUCAAUGUUUGAGAGAAUACCCUGUUGAUGCAGAUGUUUUUACUUUCAAAGCAUGGCAAAAUCUUGUCAAAACCGGUUCAAAUAAGGUCCAGCAAGUUUCGGACAACUCUCUUCGCAUAUAUUUUCAGUCUUUUCUUUCCAUUUUACAAGGUUCUCGGACUGAAAUUUUAAGUAAAUCCAACUCAUGGAUUGAAGCUAUGUCAGGUCUGUUUUGUUACAGCGAUCCCACACGUAAGCAUUUAGAUGAUUACUACAUGCUGGCUGUGGAACAAUUCCCUGUUGAUGAAACCCUGGCUUGGGAAUCAGGGUGUGCAGCAGUAAUUCGUGGCGAUUUUCUUGCAGCUAUCGAGAAGAUUGAGAGUUUAGACCCGUUUGUUGCGGCGGUAGUAUGCGAAACAUGUGAAGCCAAAGGUCUUAUGGAUGUCUAUCUUCCAGAAGCAUUUUCGGAUAUUCGUGAAUGGCUACGAAUCAACUUUGCCAAAUUAUGUCUUGACGAUAAGGAUUUGGCACCUGUUGGCGUUCAGUUACUACAGUUAAUCGGGUCUGAUGAGGCUCGUGCCAUCUUUGCGGAAUACGUCCCAAGAAUGGUGCUCAUAAGUCCCGAUGAUAUCGCAUUUGCUCUGAGUGUUGCAAAAGAUUUUAACCUUCCCGGAACCGUGCGAGCAAUUCACCGUGCUACUGCAAAAAGACUUGAAGCACAAGGUGCAUAUCUGGAAGCAUUUAUCAAUUUAGAUAGUAUUCAAGAUGUGGAAGGUCUACGGACGCUGGCUUGGAAAAUGUUUGAAGAGUGUCUGUUACUUGGUGAACCUUUAGGAGGUCUAGUUCUAGAAGACCUUGUCAAUGACACUCUUGAUUAUGAGAUCUCCGAUGUGGUCAAGGAUACGUUAGCGCCAUACGUCGUGUUGGCCAAGUCACAGGAAUAUCUCCGGUCAGGUAAGUCCCGGCAGGCUGCACAGCACCUGGCGGCUCUAGUGAGGUUCUCACACAUUCCCGUCAAGUAUCUGGGUCUUUUAUUUCUACUAGUUGAGCAUCUGUUAGACCGUUCGCAGCCACGUGUGUUUGACUUGCGCGAACUCAUUGAUCUGAUGCGGGCGGUAGAUAAGUGGGAGGAAGGUAUUAGCAAAGAUGCGACUGUGCGCCAGGAGAGCAAACAGCUAUAUAUGUUUUCUUUGGAUCCUGUGGAGGAUAAAUCAACUGCGACUACCAUCGACCCUGAUUUGAUGACAUGUCUCAAAAGCAUUCGUGGCAAGCUCACUCGUGAAGUGUCACGAGCAUACAUGGAAAACCCACAGUAA